AUGAUGAAAUUGACCAUGUCCAUUGUGGGCACCCUAUCAGGACUGUCCAUAUUCCUCAUAUUUCUUAUACAAUACCACAAUUAUAACGCUUCCGUUUGGGGUUUUGUCACUGGUAUUUUGUCGUUCUGUGUCUUUCACUUGAAUUACUUGUAUCUGAAGAAUAAAAUCGAUGAAUGGUAUGAACCGAAAGCACUCGAGAAGCUUAAAAUCAUGGGACUUGUCAUUGGCCUCAGUUCUGUCGUUGCUUUCGGUGUCUAUCUCUCGCUGUUUAUAACCAGAAAACAGGAUAUGUUUUCCAUGAAUGACUUUAAUUACUUUCCGUGUAUUAUAUUUUCCAUACUAUCGUUCAAAUCGGGAAUUUUGCUGUUUUCGACGGCAAGACAUUACAAGAAAUAUGUAAUCCUAUGUAAUCCACAAUUCAUUUACGAUAUAAGAAAACAAAGCGAUUCCCAACCAGAACUUCAACAUUAAUUUUACUACAAUUUCAUAUUUGCAAUGAUUUAGUCUUUGACUUAAAUUUAGUCAUAAAUUGUGACGAUUGACGAGUUUUUCCGUGACAUUAAGUGAUUAUAUGAUAAUAAUAUUGAUUAUAAAUACAAACAAAUAGACAAUUAGUUCAAAACAAAUGAACAAAACUUCAAAUUAAUCCAAUGUUUGCUCAAAUGAUUGAAUAGUUUUAACAUUUGACUAAAUUUUUGUAAUAUUUAAAU